CCAGCGUUCUUUGCCGUGUUUAAUGUGCCAUUAAUUGGAUUACCAUGGUGACAACCUUUGUUAAUCUGGGGAGCAGAAGUGAACAGCGGUUUAGUUUGUGAAAUGCGCUGCCCAUAUGGCCACUUAAUCCUCGUAGCCUAGGCUACUACUGUUCAUGAGAAGUGUUCAGGAGGUCAACGUGCAGGUGAGACAACGGGGGAUUUAAUGCUUUGCGGAUAGGCAUUCGACUAUAGGCUAGUUUAAUCGUUUAGUCUGAUUGGAAGUCCUAAUUUAUGAAAAUGCCCAACACUAAAAUCAUUAAACCAAGAACAGUUGAGAUUAAGCCGAAAAUCGUUGGCAGUAACGUCAAGUCGAAAACUGUGGAAAGUCCACAAGCUAGGCGCACUAAAGAUAACGUUACGCACAAGAAGAGGGCAUCCAGUUGCACAAGAUGUAAAGUUUCCUCCAGUCACCCCAAGACCGAGUCUACCAGACCUCCUCCGACGAAUACCCAAGUUAAAACAUGUGCGACCUCCUCUAAACACCAGAAUGCGCCUAUUGCACAGAAAGAUGAACGGACAACAAUAAAACCUGAGCACAGAGUGAUACAUGAAAUUCGAAGUCAUAAAGCUUUCACGGUCAUUCCACCAAACCCAAAGAAGAGAAUUGAAAUCCAGAAGCAGGCUGAAGCAGAGCUGGCUGCUCUUGAGGAUCUGCGCUUGAGUCGGGCCAUGGGCUACAUUUCUUUAGCCCCCAGCUCCGUGGGUGGCCGUUUAACUCUGGAGGAAGUUAGAAACCGACAACAACAAGAAAUGCAAAUAAGAAGAAAGCAAAGACAGGUGCAACAAUAUGAUUUACAAACAUCCCCAAGUGUCAUCCAGUAAAUCGAUCAUCAAGGAGGGAAUCCAAAGCAUUUUGUUCAGCUUUACAUACAAUUUAAAAGAUACUGAGCAGCAAUAAUGUUUACACAAUGUUACAAUGUUUACAGUAAAAGAGAGACUUCUCAGUAAUGCAGAUAUGCAACAAAAUGUGGAUAACAUUCAACAUGUCAAACCAGUUGUUGCUUUGCCCAGUGUACAUACAGUAUAUGAAUAGAAAGAUAUAAAAUGUACAUUAAAUUGUCUGACAAUGAAGGAUUUUCAUCAUUGAGUUAAAUAAAGCAUGAAAAUAUAAUAGAAAAUCAGCACAGUGGAUAGUUUUGUUGUUUGGAGCUCACAAGACAAGCAUUUUCCCUGUUACCUAGCAACCCAUUUUUUCCCUUUGAUUUAUCUUCUUACCCAUGUGUAUUUUGAUAACUUUCUACUUUCAAGCCUGCAAAAAUAUAAAGCAGAUCUUACGAGUUUCAGAGUGGGUGUGGAGUGUAAUGAAGUAGACAUGGCAGGGGCUUGCUUGGGCCAGUUGGACAUUUGUGCCUCUGCAAUGUAGUAUGGCUUCCCCUAUCGGCAACAUUCUGGUGGUCAUGAAGAUGGUCAGGUGGCUUACAUUAUACCCAGGGUUUGGGAGUAACUAGUUACAUUUAAUGGAGUUACAUUACAAAAUAAAUGUAACUAUAAUCAGGCACAGGUACAUGUCAUUAAAUACA